AUGAGACUACAAAGAGUCCAUCUCGCAUCAGCGCUCGUUCUCGUGCUUUGUGUUAGUUCGUGCCAAAUUCACUCGGAAGAGUUGAACGACACAGACACACGCGACAAGAGAUUCAUCCACAAAACGAAAAAACUCGGAUUUUUCGGAAGCAUCGCUACGAUGGGUCGUCUCGCUUACGAACAAUAUGCCGACACAACGAAAACCUUCCGAUCAAUUUUGGACAUUUUGAAUGACAGUUUUUCUGAUACGGCGACGAAACCUCCACCGUCAGCAACGGAAGCAUCAGUAACGAAUGAAACAACGACCGAACGGUAUCGCAUCUCGAGAGCGGAACUGGGAAAAAUUUUGAAUCGCAAUUUCAGGGGAUUACAAAAAUUGCUUAAAAUUGAACUUAACGAUGCAUUUAAUCAAACAAAAUAUACGAUUGCCGAUUACAAAGCUGAUUAUUAUAAACAAGUGAAGAAACCGAGGAAGACGAGAAAUGAUUUGGAGCCAUAA